AGAGAGAGAGAGAGAGCUUUUUGUUUUAAAAGCCAAAUGGAGUGGCACGGAAGGCAAGACGGGAGACGCAGGCACGCCUGUCUGCCCGAAGAACAAGAGAAAGACUGGCUGGGUAGACUAAUUGUGUUUUAAAGUGGGUCUGUGGGUACACAAUGGGGAAUCGGAUGGUUUUAAGCUCCCAUGAGCAGCUCUAGAGGAAGAGAGAGUUGUCAGAUUUGUAGGUCAGGCUGCAGGGGUUGUUGUCAGGCAGACUCACGGUGGUUUCUUAGUGGGGAUCUGCACGACACCGAUGUCAGUUUGGGUUACGUACGGUUUCAUUAGUUUACGCCAAUCCCCUUUUUGCCCGCCCGCCCAUCUGCCUUUUUCCACUUUAUGCAUUGGUUGUUGAACAUCUCCUACCUGUGAAAGAUUUUGAAGAAGUCAUGCCUCAAAAUUCUUUCGAGAAGAUGAAGUGUGAUACGAUCAUAAUUGAUUUCACGCUUUGCGGGGCAUUGUGCGAGCACAUCUCAAUUCCCAUCUUCUCCUGGAGAAGGCUGACCCGGUUUCAGCGUGUUACGUGGGAGCGGGUCCUGUCCGGAGGGACCUGUCCCUUACUAGUGCUGAUCUAAGGAAGUGAGGAAGGAGGGCACCAACGUGUGUUCCCUCAUCCCCGAUCCAUCUCACACCCUUCGCGUGCAAUUCUCUUAAAUAUUGUAGGUCAUCUGGCACCUCUCCCCUUCCAUUUUUGGCAACAAGGGCUGCCGGGGAUAUUUUGUCCCAGAAAAAAAAUAAUUAUCAGCCCUCCCUAAUUCCCAAUUAUUAUGAACAGGCUUAUUUAAGAAGAAAGAUCAUGGUGGCUGUCAGAGGGAAGGAUUCGGGAUUCGAGCUGCUGCAGGAAGCCAAUGAGGAGAGCUACGCACCGGCCACGGCUGAGGGCACACGAGGAGGAGCGCUCAGGAGUCUACUCCACUGGGGUUAAAGUGUGCAGUGUGCACUACUUCCUGCCGCAGGUAGAGCUGUGACAGUGUGGUGUGGAGCUCUAGCUGUGUCAGAGGCUUGCCGUGUCCUUGCCUCACUGCUGCGAGAGCUGCUCGGCUGGAUAUCGCAAUCUUUCUCACGCUCUCACGAGGAACCUGGAUCCCGCCACCACCAUGGAGAAGUGCUGUUCCGAGUGUUCAGAGCCCCGGAUGGCACAGAGCUUGUGUACCUUCUGCAACAAGUGGCUGUGCUUCCAGUGCACAGACCUGCACCAGCAUGAGAGAGUCUCCACUCAACCCUCUGAUCUGCAGCACCAGCCACGAGACCCUCCGUCACCGUCUGAAAUAGGAGCCGGUUGCUGCGGGCAUGCUGUUGUCAUGUGUCCUCUCCAUAAACAGGAGCCUCUGGAACUCCUGUGUGAAACGUGCGACCUCAUGGCCUGCAGCAUCUGUCACCUGUCCGCCCACAAAGACCACCGGCUGGUGCAUGUUGGGAAAGCUCUGCAAGACCAGCGCUGGCUCCUGCAGAACCUCAUGGCCCGAGUGGAGGAGAAAAGAUCCACUGUGGAGAGCACCGCCAAACAGAUCCAGGGCAGGCUCCACGGUAUAAAGAUCACGCAGAGGAAGGCAGAGAACCAGAUAAAAAUGGCAAAGAUGAUUAUGAUGAACGAGCUUAACAAACGGGCCAACCUAUUAAUAGAACAACUGGAGAGUAUAUCCAGUGAUUUCAAGCAACGUCUGGAGGACCAGCUGCAGGGGGCCAUAGAACUGUGCAGCCAGCUGGAGCAUGUGCAGAACUUCUUUACCUGGGCCACGGCCCACCACAGACGCAAUCCGCUGCUAUUCAGCAAAGAGCUGAUUGCUCUUCAGAUGCAGCAAUUACUGGAGCCACUGAUGCUCUCAGAGGCUUGGACCCCAUUGAAAAUCAAGUUUAACUGGGAUGCCAGCUUCUGGACCAAGCAGAUGUCCACUUUAGGUCAGCUGGUCGUUGAAGGUGGAAGUCGUUCAUACUCAGAGGUUGUGGGUCAUCCCAGUAUCCUGCGACCCCAGCCUGUCCCAUGCAUAGCAAUGCCUCCACUGUGCCAUGCGGUGCGGGAACCUGGCUGUGCCUGCCAGACCUUCUGCCAGCCCCAGCUCUGCUGCCUUCACUGCAGACCUACUCAAUCCGUCCCUUUGGAUAAAUUCCCUGCCCCGUGUCCUCAAGCCACCAGGCGGAGCUCCCCACCGUCCCUUCACAGCUGUUGGGAGUCUGAUGCAUCUGUCCCCAUGCAUCCAACUGGUGCUCAGCCUAUACAGCAGUCCACCUCUCACCCUGGAUCUGACCUCGUCCAGCAUGAAUCCAGCUCUGCUUUGCCUCGGCAGCCUGUCGGAUCCAACGACCACCCGCUGCCCGAGGCGCUCCCUGCUAAUUCCAACCAGACUGUCAUGGAUGGGAGAAACUGUGCACCAGACCAGUCUCCUAACGGAAGAGGGCAAACAUGUGCACCUGAAGCAGACACAAGGCAAGAGGCAUCACCAGACAGAGAGCUCCCACAGGUCCACAACCAGGCUCGAGUGCAGACGACCACAGAAACCAGCAACCAACCCAUGGUUGAACUGCAGCCUGUCGUUGCUCGCAUCGAUGAUGACAGGAGAUCCUCAGCGCUAGAGAUGUACGCGCUGGCUCAAGGCCGGGGAGGUGACCGUCGAAGCUGCUCUGGUUCGAAGAGGGCGACCCGGUCUCAGAGCACUGCGGUAGGACCCCGAGGACCUCGUAAAAGGCUCUGUAAAGACAGGCCGGCCAGGGCUGCUCACAGCCUGGCAACAGUGGCUGGGGACCAGGGAUGCACAACGCAGCAGCAGGUCUGUGCACGUUUUGAUGAUUCUGAGAUGAUCCCGGGACGUAUAAGCAGUCACAAUGCGUCCACGCUGACCACCUACAAGUCUGAACCAGAUAAUGUAUAUGCAUAUGCCUAUGAAAACAGAAGGCUGAAUACCAGAAAGAGCAGAAUGCCUCGAGAGGAUCCAGACACCAGUGACAAAGAAGCCCCAGAUGGUUCUAAGGUUCCAGUUGUGUGUCUUGAGCGACUCAAGAUCCUGGUAUCACGACAUCCACCACAGAACCAUCAGAGCACAGAAAUUACUUGUCAGACAGAGUCUGGACUCAAACCUGAAGAAACUGUCUUGAGGGUGCUAGAAAGAGAGGUCACUUCUCAGGGAACAUUGGAUAAGGAAUCAGUUCAGCCAGAGGACAGCGUGUCGCCCACAGAGCAGCUAUCACCAGAACAUCUGUACAGUUGUGAAUCAUCUGUCUCCCUUGAGGUUUCUCAGCCUCCUGUGCAAGAGUUUUGCAACCUAAACCAAGAGUCCAGGGUACUAGCCAUCUCCAAUGAUUCAGAUCCUGUCUUACAACCUGACACUGAAGAGAUACACUUCCCAUCUGAACUCAGAUCAGUUACAGAUUCUGAUUUCCAAACUGAAUCCACAAGAGAGGCUGAACCAGGUUCAGAUGCAGAUAUGGAAUCAGAGCUCCUGCAGGAAUCAGAUCCGAGCGCUGAAUCUGAACUGCAAGUCGAAUCCGAAUCAGAUGUCAUUUCGGAGCAACCUCCUGAAUCAGUGCUCUCGGGUUCUGAACAGGAAUUUGAAUCAGAUCCGGAUUCCACAGCCGAAGUGACUGUGAAUCUUGAACCUGAGUCUGAAUGGGAGGCGGAGCCGCCGGUUCUCCAACCUGCCACUGGCUCUGAGAAUGUAUCAGAACCUGCUGUUGAGCAUCAGCCUGCAGAGGAAAGACCUGAGAUAGAGAACGAGGACUUCUGUGCGGUCUGUCUCAUAGGAGGAGACCUUCUGUGCUGUGACCGUUGCCCAAAGGUCUUUCACCUGUCAUGCCACGUUCCCCCACUCCAUAGUUUUCCCAUAGGUGACUGGAUUUGCACCCUGUGCAGGGACUUGGAGCAACCAGAGGUGGAAUAUGACUGUGAGAAUGUCCAGAUGUCCACAGGCACGAUGCCAUAUGGGCUGUCGGCGUGUGACCAGAAGAAAUGCGAGAAGUUGACGCUGCUGAUCCUCAGCAACAUUCUCAGUGCUCCGUUCCAUGAGCCUGUCAGCCCUCUGGCCCGUCAUUAUUAUCAGAUCAUCAAGAAACCCAUGGAUUUGUCUGUCAUCCGGAACAGGCUCAGCAGAAACAGCCACACACACUAUCUUUCCCCUCAAGAGUUUGUGGCUGAUGUCCUGCUCAUGUUCAAAAACUGUGCCAAGUUCAACUACCCUGACUCAGAGGUGGCUCAGGCAGGCCACAGUCUACAGUCCUUUUUUACCUCCAAAUUGAGGGAGGUGUUCCCAGAUCUGACCUGCCCUGUCCAGGAGGAGGAGGACUCUGACAUUGACGAUUACGAGGAGCUGGAACAAGCCAUGGUGACUGGAUUUCCCUGGCCCGAGAGAAGAGAGCAGAGCCACAGAAAGAGGAAGAGGAGGCACUCACUAAACUGGAGGAGAAAUCACUAUUAGUUGUGCCUCUAUAUACAUGUACAGAGACAUUUGAUCCACUUUGAGCUCUGAGUUUUCCAUACUGGCUGGAUUGCUGUUUUUUUAAGGAUUCAUGUUGAAAAACAGUAUAUGCUUUUUUUCUGAGGACUAAUCUCGCACAUUAUAAUCGGUUCAUGUAUUAUGCUGUUAUCUGUAGCUGUGGGUAGGUGUUGAUAUAAGCCUAUAUCUCCAGACUUUGCCUAAGGUCUUGCACUAGUAUUUAUUCCAAUGCUUACACUUAUAUUAAAUUGUACAAUCAAUUUGAUAGCUGACUGGUUGCUGGCAACUGCUACUUAGUAAAGAUAGAUAUGCAACAUUAAUUGGUAAUAUUAUAUAAAAUGUUUGUUCUAAAUUUCAUUUUUCUUUUAAUCCAAAAAUCCCUUGUAAUGAGGUAAUUUUCCCAGUGAUGAUUUUAUUGACCUGUAGAGGGAGCACUUCAUGUAGCCUGUGGCAACACAUUAGUUCAUAUUGGACUUUUUUGGUGGCAGGAGGAGGUGCAUAAUGUGACUGAAUCCCACAACCCCUUUCUAGAAUAAAAUGGGGAUAUAUUAGGCUGAUGUUCCUACAUUACUGUGAUGUUUUAAAUUGAUCUUUCAAAUGUUUAUUGACUAAUGAGACAGAAUAUCUAAUGUUUUCACAGGCGGGUGGGACACUUUUUCAUUCAGCAUGUUCCUCCAUGUGGUUCACAAAUAGGUUUGAUAUUCAUAUGUCUUCUGAAUUUUGUAAUACUGGUCUUAAUUGCUGGAAUUGCUGUGCAGAUCAUUUGCUAACUUUAGCUGGAUUGUAUUUAGUCUGAAAUAUAUACUGUAUGGUGUAAAUAUGUGA